AUGGCUUUUGUUUCCAACGGCUCUGAGUACGACUUCAUUGUUGUCGGCGGUGGUACUGCUGGCAAUGCAAUUGCUGGUCGCCUUGCUGAGAACCCCAGCGUCCGCAUUCUGGUCGUUGAAGCCGGCAUCCCCAACCCUGAUCAGAUCGAGCAAAUCACGACCCCUUCGAAAGCUUUCACCCUUCGCGGAAGCAAGUACGACUGGGCGUACAAGACAACUAUGAUCAAGCGCGAUGAUUAUGAGCGUGUUGAAAAACCCAACACUCGCGGAAAGGCUCUUGGUGGUAGUUCAACUGCCAACUACUUCACCUGGAUUCCGGGCUCGAAGCCUACCUUUGACGACUGGGAGGCCUUCGGUGGCCAUGACUGGAAUUGGGAUUCCUGUGUGGAGUACCUCCGCAAAUGUGCCACCUACCAUGACGACGAGAAGCUGUAUCCGGCCGAACUGAGUAAGAUUGGAACCGGAGGCCCUUUGCAAAUCUCCCAUGCCGACUUGGUGCCGGAGAUGAAGCCGUUCCGUGAUGCGCUCACUGAGGCCUGGGUUUCUAAGGGCCAGCCCCUGAGCGAGGAUAUCUACUCCGGCGAGAUGAAAGGUCUAACCCAUUGUGUUGAUACCAUCCACCAGGGUGAACGCCAGGGUAGCUUCCUUUAUCUGAAGAAUAAGCCUAACGUGACAAUCCUCUAUGGCGUUAACUCGAAGAAGCUGCUCAUCGACCCUACCACACGCAUCUGCUCCGGUGUCACUGUGAUAAGUGAAGCUUCUGGUCACGAGAUCAGCGUCUACGCCCGCCGAGAAGUCAUUCUCUCUCAAGGUGUCUUUGAGACUCCUAAGCUUCUCAUGCUUAGCGGAGUUGGCCCAGCAGCGGAACUGGCAAAACACGGAAUCGCCCCCAUUGUGGAAUCCCCUCACGUCGGCCAGCAUCUUCUUGACCAUCCCAUCGUACCUUUCGUUCUUGAAACCAAGGAUGGAUACAGCUUAGAUAACCAUAUCCUCAGGCCUGGUCCUCUCAAUGACAAGGCGCUGUCCACUUAUCAGAAGGACAAGACUGGUCCUGCAAGCUCCGGAUUCCUGGAACUUGUCGGAUUCCCCCGAAUUGACGAACGCCUGGAAAAGUACCCUGCCUAUCUCGAGGCUAAGGCUGCCAACGGGGGAUUGGAUCCUUUCGGGCCAGCAGGACAACCUCACUUCGAGCUGGACUUCGUCGGCUUGUUCAGCAGCGCAUUCCAGUGGCAUUACCCUAUGCCUGACAAGGGAAAUCACAUGACUGUCAUUGUUGAUCUGCUGCGGCCCCUUUCUGAAGGUGAAGUCACCCUAAACAGCUCGAACGCACAGGUACAGCCGAAUAUCAACCUCAACUUCUUCGGCAAUGACUUAGACAUUCUGGCCAUGCGGGAGGGUGUGCGCUGGACAUAUGAUCUUUUGACCACGGGAGCUGGAUUCAAGGACAUUGUUAUUUCAGAAUACCCCUGGAAGAUGCCCCUUGAUUCCGAUGAUGAUAUGAACCGGGCUGUUCUGGAUCGCAGCCAGACAGGAUUCCAUCCAUGCGGUACCGCACGUCUCUCGAAGAGCAUCCACCAGGGUGUUGUCGACUCCAAACUGCGAGUCCACGGAGUCCGAAACCUCAGAAUUGCCGAUGCUUCUAUCAUCCCCGUGAUCCCUGAUUGCCGUAUUCAAAACUCGGUCUACAUGAUUGGCGAGAAGGGCGCGGAUAUCAUCAAGUCUGAGCACAAAGAUCUAUACGAGGCCAAGAACAUUCCCUACCUUGUCUCCAGCAAACUCUGA